UAGGCAACAACAGGAUACAGCCUUGGAUACUGUUGGAUUUGUUUGUGUACAAAAAGAGUAUACGCAUAUAAAGUCUUCUUUUUUUUCGCAAAACAUAAUACUGCAGAGAUAUUUUAGUUAACAUGAUGGAACAGGAACCAACCGUUUAUAGUCUAAUUGCGGUGGAACCACCAUCACCAGCAAAGCCACCAAGGCACACCUCUAAGUUCAAGUAUGCAGUGAAAGAUGAGGUCACCCAUGGCAAGGCACAAUAUAAGACUAUGGGCCAAGCUAAAGUGCCUGUCCCAACAACAGACAACUUUCUGAAGAAGCAUUCAAAAGAGCCAAUACUUCCCGAUAAACUGACAUUCCAGUAUGAGUGUGGCCAAGAAGCCAAGAGGCCUGCAGUCCCUCCAAGAUGUGAUGAACCUUUGAUGGGGUUGAAAACGAACAAGAACUUCAUCACAACCAACGCUUGUCAGAACAUCACAUCAAUUCCAAAGAAGCCAGAAAAGAAAUUCGCGGACACACGUAUAGGCGACACCCAUAGACUGGAACCAUCUGGUCUGGAACCUGUUUUUGUUCACAAAAAGGAAUAUGGUAAAGUCCCCAAUUACCUGGAAGCGCGAAACAAGGAAAUGGUGAGGGCCCAGGAGGAGUAUGACCGGUACGUCACAGAACACUUCAAGCGGGGAGCAAUGCGACAGCUGACGGAGCAGGAACGCAUGUCAGUGCUGCAAGGACUGAAGACCAACUGGGAAGACAUCCAUGAGGAGUAUCAGGGACUUUCGGUUGUCACGGACACUCCGCCCAAGAAGAACCGCAAAGAACGGAUGGAGCACCAAAUGAAGCAGCUAGAACGAGACAUUGAAAUAUUCGAAAAACACAGAUUUGUCUACAUUGCCAACUAAACUAGACAGUUCAGAUAUUUUUUUAUUGUGUCCAUUCUCGUAUUUUACUCACUUGAAAUAUUUUCAUUGUGUAAAUGUUUUUGUGAACACAGAAGAAAAAAUGUUAUCCAUCUACAUGAUCUCUUAUUUCAUGAGACAAAUGGGGAAUAUGUUUAAAGCUAUAACUUUUUUUCUAGGUCUAUUAAGACAAAAUGGAAAUGGUUUUAAAUUUUUGUUAGAAAAGAUAUUAUAAAUAUUAAAUAAAUUGGAGGACCCCCCCCCCCAUGAGAGAAAUAAGCAGAAUUUUACACUAGUCCAUUGGAAAAAUAAAUACAUCUAGAAAUUUUCCAAAUGAAUGGUUUGUUUUAUUAAAAACAAGGAUGUUUUUGCAUUGACCAUUUUUAUUUGUCCACUGGACAAGCACCGAGGUACAUUUUGCUUGUCUCAGCAAUUUUCAUGUGUCAGACAAGUGCUUAUUUUGAUUUCUGUCCCCAUCCCACCCCGGUUUUUUUUUUCGUUUUUUUUAAUGUUUAUAUAAUUAUAUUGGUAUGUUUGGGGGGAGUGAUUUGAAAAUGUUUAUCUGCCUGUUUUUAUUGAUAACAACCAUAUAAAAUAGGCUAACCAAAGUUUUUUUUAUUAAAAUGAUUUUGUUAUGUGCUUCAUGUUUAAAAAGUGAUGUCUGUGGUUUUUGACACAUUGUUUUGUGCAAAGCUGUGUUUUAGUGGGUCUGUCCCAAAAUCACAUACUGCAGUGUCAAACGUCAUACACUUUUUGUAUUUAUCACAGUUGGUUAUCCGUAUCAUUGUACAGACGUGAAUUACUGGUAACUUGCCAGUCAACGGAAUUCUGUAAAUAUUAUAACCAGGUGUGAUGGAAGUAACUAGAAAUUAUAUUUACACGUACAAUGAAUUUCCAAACUUUAGAAAUUCUGUCUAUGAACCUGUUUUGUCAUACAAUAACAGUAACUACAUAUUCCAAAAUAUUAAUACUUCAGCCCAAAAAAAUACUUCAUUUAGCCACCAGUAUUAUUUAUAAUUAAAUUAUUGGAUACAGAUCCAAAGGGAUUGCCAUUUGUGUUUUUAAUGGAAAACAUCUUGUGUUUAUAGUCGGGUAUGAUAUUUUAACUUAUUACUGUUCAGAACUGUACAACUCUGGAUCUGUAUCCAGUUGUAUAUAAAUUUGUUAAAAUUAACCCUUUCAGUAAAGAACAAUGAAAAUAAAUUAUUUUAAUGUU